CAAGUUUCUUUUGAGACGAUGAUAUAUUGAUGCCCUAACGUUUUCUCUGUGCUCAUACACACUUCUCUCCGCCUCUCCCUUUCUAUCAGAACCUCUCUCUCCAUCUGCAAAAAUGCCGUUUUGGGGUGUUGAGAUUAAAAGUGGUCAAUCAGUUAAUGUAAGGGUUCGUAGAGGCGAUAAUUUGCGUAUUUAUAAGGUUCAUCUUGGAGAAACUAAGAAGGAAAUAGAUGAGUUUGUCUAUUUGCACAUCACUGUUGAUGGCAAAAAGCUUUUAGUAGGAACCCUUCACCCCAAGAGGCUGCCACAACAAGAAUUAAUGUUGGUGUUUGACAGACACAUUCAGAUCUCUCAUACCUGGGAAAAUGGCAGCGUUUACUUCUCUGGGCUCCAACAAUUUAUUUCUCUUGGUUAUAGUGAUGCAGAUUCUUCAGAUUCUGAUGAUGACGAAGAGGAAGAGACAACAAAUCAGGAAGAAGGAAACCAUGUGGCAGAAACAAGUUCUGCUGUUGAAUGUGCACAUUUUUGCACGUUCUGCCACAGGACGUUUAAGAGAGAGGAUGUUCACAUAGGCACGCUACGCAAGCACAAAAUUGGAAUCAUUAAUCAAGAUCAAAACAAGGUGGAAGAAGAUAUCGGAAGUGAUGGUGGAGGAGAUAGAUGUUGUCCAAGAUGGAGAUGAUUAUUUUGCUAAUUCUUAGUUUUUACGGUUAAUGAUUAGGAAUUUAGUAUUUAAGAAGAUACUUCUGCCUUUUUUUUUUUCACCAUGCCUGAUGCCCACUUUUGAAAUUGAUGCCUUAUGCAAUAUGCUUUAUAGGGUUUUUUUUAAGUAUUUAUAAGU